UUUCAUUGACAACAGAACUGCGCGAGCCGUUUAACUCCAAACAAAUGCCAUUUAAUACAUUCUAACUUUAUUUUUUAUUAUUAAAAAUGAGUAGAGAGUUACAGAAUGAAGAAAAGAAUAAUGCUCCUAAUAAUGUUAAUGAAGAUGAGGAAGAGCACGUUUCAGCUGGAAUAUUAGCACACGAGGCACUCUCUGUCAGUGGGAAAGUCAUAAAUAGGCUCUUUGUUGAAGAAGCAGCAUCCUGUGAGCCAGAGGAGGGCAGUGGUCCCACCACAAGUAAAGAGCUCGAUGUGGACAUGAACAAAACAAAUGAACACCUGCAGAGUGACCAUGAUGGACCCUCGGGGAUCAACUUUCAGACCCCUGACAAGGAGCCCAUCUGUCCUGCACAGGAGGAGGACGAGGAGGAGGUGCCUGCAGCACUUGCAGACAAAGAAGAGCACAAAGGGUUGGUGCAGCUCCUGGAGAACCAGGAGAGAGAGGAAGCCCACCAGCUAAACCAACAGCUGCAAAUGAAGUUGGCAGGAUACUUCCAAAGGAGAGCAAACAAGGAUGUUCAUCAGGAGUGGUCAGCAUCAGGGCAGCAUGAGUAUGAGAAGCACCUCCAAGCCCUGACUGACCUGAAGCUUCAGCUCAGAUCUGCUUCCGAGUCAGCCCAGAGGCAGGCAGAGGAGCUGGAGAUGCUGGCACAGGAGAAGAUGGACCAGGUGGAAAAGGACUGGCAGGCACUGGUGGCUCUGAAGCAGGAUGCAGCUGAGGCGGCGCUUAGUCGUCGCCUGGGGAAGGAAGCAGCUCGGGCCAAAGUCAAGUCGGUCCUGGUUGCAGCGCAGAUUCGGCAGGACGAGCUGACCAAGGUGCGCCUCAAGCACUUCAAGUUGAAGCUGAAGGUCCACAGGCUGGAGGCAGAGCUCCGUGAGAGAAAUAAAGACAGCAGGGAUCCCCUACAGGUCCGGUUUGAGCAGCUGUGGGCUGAAAGGCUGAAGCAGAAACAACAGGCUGAGAAAGAAAAUGAAGAAUCACUAAAACUGCAGAAGAAGAUCAGCUGCUGCUUGGAGCUCCUGUCAAACAUCAAAGAGAAGUUGUUCUGGGGUCAGAUGGAGGUCCAGUCAAGACGGCAGCAGUUGGCAGAGGUGGAGGCCAUGGUGGCUACGAAGAAAGACCUUCUGAGCCAAACCAGGCAGGACCGAACCAGAGUCCAGCGGGACAACCUGAGGCUGAAGGAGCAGUGUGGACUCCUGGGGAACAGAGUCCUGCUGCAGGACUUUGAGGACACUGUGGAUGCUUCAGAACAGCUGGAGAAGCAUCUGGAGACUCUGAAGGUCCAGCAAGCUGAGACAGUCUUCAAAUGUGAGCAAUGGAGGAAGAAAAUGGAGACAACAUUUAUAAACCAGUGACACACUGGUACUGGUUGUGUUGUUGUAGGACAAAGUUACAACUUCAGAGCGUUUACAAGACUCCUCAGGAGUAUCAUGGACAUAAUAAGGUGUCAAAUUCCUCCCAGGUUCAGGGCCCAGGCUCUGUAGAACAGAAAAGACUUUAUUGAUCCUGCAGGGCAGAAAUUAGCUUGCUACAGCAGCGCCAAGGGCGUCAGUUUGUUUUCAGAAUUGCUGGGGACAAUAAAGUAGGCUAGCACAGGGGUCGGCGGCUCUGGAACCGCAUGCGGCUCUUCCAUCCUUCUGAUGCGGCUCUCUGUGCUUGUGAAAUAAUGAAUGGAUAUUUAAAUAAAAAGCUUUAUAUUUUACUGCAUUAAUUUUACAUCUGUAAGCCAAUUCUAAAUAUAAAGAUUGUCUGCGUAAACCUGAACAGUUCCAACCCGGUCUUACUGUGAGACCGGGUUGAUGCGUCACGCUUGUGCGUAAUCAUAUCGGCGCUUCUGAGCUGCUUUCUGACCUUCCCCACCUACAAAGUUUAAUUACACCAAUCAAACGUGACAGAGCCUGGAUUUGUAUUCUGAACAGUCUAAACAUGUUUUAAAAAGAAACAUAGGACAAAAGUGGCACCUGCUCAGUAAAACCACCAACAGGGUGAAAAAUACCAAAAAUUGAAGGCAGAGACGGGCUACAACUUCUGGAUCCAUUUUAUAUAAAUUGUUUUAUUGAUUAUCGUCUAAUGAAAGAUAAUUAAGACGUACAUGAGCGAUCAGGCGCGUUGCAAGCUUUUCAAAAGUGUGGGGGAUGUUGUCUGUGCCUAAAAUAAUUUCAUGUUAUUCAUCUUGUUAGUUUAAUUUCCAUAAUAGCGGAGCAGGUGCGAAUUUUAGACGCGUCACGCACGUCUCCGUUUCAAACAUGUUUAAACUGUUCAGAAUACAAAUCUAGGCUCUGUCUCGUUAGAUUGGUGUAACUAAAGUUUGUACUGAAUGAAACUUUACAUUAAACCAUGUUGAAAAGUAAAGGAUCCGAUUAAAUAGUUUCCCCCUCAUUUACAGUCAGUACAGUGCAGUGCGCACGGCUCUGGGGUUAAUCAAGUUUAAUUGUAACAUUAAUGUGUUACUGGACACGCUGGUCUGGUUGGUUAGACCAGUGUUUGAAGUGGAAAACACACACACACACACACACACACACACACACACACACACACACACACACACACACACACACACACACCAAUUAAUAUAAUGCUGAUAGCGUGGAUAGAAGACAGGUGAUGGUUUACGUAUUUAAAUGAUGAUCAGGCUGCUGUAAAAUGUAAUCUCCAUCCACAUCCAGACACAAUCAUCCUCUAUUCUUUCUCUAUUUGCUCUGCUUUUGUCUGGGCUGAUCAGCUGACGGUGCGCGCGGCGCGCCUAACUAGCGGCUGAUGCACAUUUUACGCAUUUGGAGAGGUGGACUGGAUGCUUUGCGUUUACUGGAAGUUGGUCCACUUAACGCACGGUUGUAGACUAAAUAUUAAUGACAAAUGAAUGAAAAUUAAAAUGUGAGUUUUUACUUCAUAUUUUAGAAAUAAAAAUGACGGGGGAAAACAUUUAUGAUGUCUUUUUAAACUAAAUUUUCUAGCGCGACCUGCCUGCUUCACUUAAGUCG